AGAGCGAAAGAGAGAAAAAAGUCGGCCGCUUCUGACUCGUUUACUCCCAACUCCCAAGUCCGCCGCUCCGCUGCCUUGGCCGUCCCGUCGCUGCCCUCGCUGCUGACUUCGCCGCCGCCGCCAGCGUGAUGGCCGGGGAGGAGGCGCCGCCGGGAGCGCUAAACCUGGCCGAGUACGCCCCCGCCGGCGCCCGCACCGUCGAUUGCUUCAGGCGCAUCCGCAAGAUCGGCGAGGGCACCUACGGUGAAGUAUUCGAGGCUAUGGAUAUUAUAACUGGAGAAAGAGCAGCACUUAAGAAAAUAAAACUGGAUGAUGGAAAAGAAGGGUUUCCACGUCAAAUCUUGCGCGAGAUUAAGCUACUAAAAAAGCUGAACCAUGAGAACAUCAUCAGAUUGAAAGAGAUUGUAGUAUCUCCAGGUUUGGCACAUGGAACAGGAGGAUCAGAUGAUUACAUGUAUAGAGGAGAUAUCUAUAUGGUUUUCGAAUAUAUGGAUCAUGAUUUGAAGAAAGUCUUGCACCACAGUAGCCCAUCCCAAGUCAAGUAUUAUAUGGAGCAGUUGUUAAAUGGAUUGCACUACUGCCAUGUCAACAAUGUACUUCAUCGUGAUAUCAAAGGGGCUAAUCUUCUAAUAAGUGGUGGUGGUAAGCUGUUAAAGCUCGCCGAUUUUGGCCUUGCAAGGCCAUUCACUAGAGACGGAAGUUUCACAAAUCAUGUGAUAACUCUAUGGUACCGACCCCCAGAGUUGCUCCUCGGUGCCACAAAUUAUGCUGAAGCAGUGGAUAUUUGGUCAGUUGGUUGCAUAUUUGCAGAAUUUUUAUUGAGGAAACCAUUAUUUCCUGGCAGAACUGAGCAAGAGCAACUAUCAAAAAUAUUUGAACUCUGUGGAUUUCCAAAUGAGGAAAACUGGCCAGGAGUAUCCAAACUGCCAUUGUACAAGACUAUCCAUCCUACAACCCCAACCAAACGACGUUUGAGAGAUAUUUUCCACAGCUUUGAGAGUCAUGCCGUGGAUUUAAUUGAUCGCAUGUUGAUCCUUAAUCCUACUCAGAGAAUUUCCGCACAAGAAGCUCUUUGUGCAGCAUACUUCAUGACUAAUCUCUAGUCUCCUUCCUGUGGAAAAGAAAUCUAUUUUUGCUGUUCUCUGUGAUGGAUUAAGUUCCUUGACCCUAUAUAGGUGUAAGUACUAUCUGAGGACUGUUGUUUCUCCUUCUGACCUUGGUUUAGGGACUAGUGCUAGUGAGUAGUUAAAAUGUUUUCUUUUGUCUUUAAUAGCUUCAAUAGAUAUGUGGAUAUGGUGUACAUUGUUUCUUGUGACAAUCCAUUCCUUUAUUAAUUUUUUUUUAUAUUAACCAAUGCUUCCUGUUCUAUCGUGGUAUGAUGAACAACACACUGAAGUGAAGGCUAUACAAAGUGCCUUCAAAGCACAAACUAAAGCCUAAGCAACUCUUUACUGGUGUUAUGCUAAUUAUGCAGCAUUUGUUUUAACGAAUAUAGAGUAAUCUAAUAUGCUUGCACUAGGGAUCAUGUCUUACGAAUCCACUUUCCUGAGUAUUACUCAAGGCC